GAUUUCUGGAAAUCAUACGCCACCUUGUGGUCAAUGUCUACAAUGGGAGAAGAAAAAAAAAAGAAAAAGAUGCGGCUGGUUCUAUUAGACCCAUUUCUAUAGCUGCCCUUCCCAGUUCUGACGUAAACGUGCCUACGUCAGAACGUACGCCUGUCGGGAUCACACGUCGGUUCCGGGGAGACGCGUUGGCAAUUCCCUAAACAUCAUCCGAGGCAAGGAGAGAGGCGUGUGUGUGUGUGUGUGUGUCUGCGUGUGUUGGACGUGACACCGGCUGGAAGGCGAAACCCUGAAAACAGAAGAUAGCUGGACGCCGGUUUGACAUGAGCAGGGUGCCCUGACAUGGAAAAAGAGAUGAUUCCCAAAUUCACGUCAAAGGAUGAGGAAGUCGAUUACUGGAAGUCCCAAGCCCUCAAAUAUAAGAAAAGUUGCUAUGAUGCCCAGGAGGAGCUGCAGGAGUUCCAGGAAGGGAGCCGGGAGCUGGAAGCGGAGUUGGAGGCACAGCUUGGCCAGACUGAACACCGCCUUCGAGAUCUCCAAACUGAGAACGAGAGACUGAAGAACGAUGUGGCCAACCUCAAGGAGAAGCUGGAGCAUCAGAAUGCCCAGAGUUAUAAACAGAUUUCUAUGCUAGAGGAUGACUUGGGCCAGACACGCGGCAUCAAGGAGCAGCUCAACAAAUACGUCCGAGAGCUCGAGCAGGCCAACGACGACCUGGAGAGAGCCAAAAGGGCUACAAUAGUGUCUCUUGAGGACUUUGAGGGCCGUUUAAACCAGGCCAUCGAGAGGAAUGCCUUCCUGGAAAGCGAGCUGGACGAGAAGGAGUCUCUUCUAGUGUCCGUGCAGCGGCUGAAAGACGAAGCACGGGACCUGAGACAGGAGCUGGCAGUACGUGAGCGGACUACAGACAGGAUGUCGGCACCGAGCUCACCGACUUUAGACAUCGACAAGAUGGAUUCCGCAGUACAGGCCUCUUUAUCCCUCCCAGCCACACCCGUAGGAAAAAGCAUAGAGCACUCCUUCAUCAGCCCAAAAGCAUUGACCAAUGGAUGUGGCAACUCAUCCCUCACUCCCUCUGCUAGAAUCUCAGCUCUUAAUAUUGUUGGUGAUCUCCUGAGGAAAGUCGGGGCUUUGGAGUCCAAAAUCGCCGCCUGUAGGAACUUUGCCAAAGACCAGGCAGCAAGAAAGAAUUACUCUACAGACAACGGAAAGCUCAUCAACAGCAACGCCACAAAGUUCUCUCAUUCUCUACAUGCCAAUUACUUUGACAAAACGACUGUAAAUGGAUUGGACCCCAGCUCCCUGACCGCCAUGGCGACAUCCAGAGCCGUGUCUCCACCAGGCAUGCUGCCUCUGAGAUUGUGAGGAGGCGUCCCAAACCACAUGCACCUCGACUGAAGUGUGUGUGUGUGUGUGUGUGUGUGUGUGUGUGUGUGUGUGUGUGUGUGUGUGUGUGUGUGUGUGUGUGUGUGUGUGUGUGUGUGUGUGUGUGUGUGUGUGUGUGUGUGUGUGUGUGUGUGUGUGUGUGUGUGUGUGUGUGUGUGUGUGUGUGUGUGUGUGUGUGUGUGUGUGUGUGUGUGUGUGUGUGUGUGUGUGUGUGUGGAGAAUGGGAUGUGUGUAAAGAGAGACUUGAUGAUACAAUGGAGUUGCGUCCAGUCUGCAGCGCGAGAUGCAUCUGUGAGUAGGCGCACAGUCACGCGUGCAUGUGUUCCUACCACAUACUUGCAUGUGCCUAUAGCUGUACUGUACUGUGCUUGUACGAAUGCCAUUGCAAAUGCGUUGCUCUUUAGAUGUCAACUCCGAAGUUGCACCAUUUAUAUUUUUGGUUCCAUUGUUCACCUCAAAGCUCCAGUCCCUGACAAAAGGUCCCCCGACAGACCGCAGCUUCAUCUUGGUUUCCUCUUGUAUUUCCACUUAAAUUGCACAGUUAAACUAUUUUCAAUUUUAGAAUGUAUGAUGUUUUUUUUUUUUGAAAAGGGACGUGUUCAUAUGAAUUAAUUUAUCUCACAGUAUGCUUUUAAAAAAAAUGCAAUGUUUCCCUAUUUUGUUGCAUGUGUUCAUGACUCAAGUGAAUGUUGACCGUUCAAAGCCAUGUCGUCCUUCCUCUUGUUACCGGCUACUUGCUUGGAUUCGGAAGUAGUCUCCGUGUUAAAGGUUGGAAAUAUCAGCUGGUUCUGUCCUCUGGGUUCAAACCUGCACUUAAAACAAAAGGCUCCUCACAGGUUUUCCAUCAUUUAACAUUUCGAGGGAACAUUUUUUGCCUUUUUGUUUUUUAAUAUGUUGAUUUUUUUUUUUUUUAACUAUUGUGACGGGCUCAUUUACCUCAUUCUGAUAUAAUGACAAUUCUCCACGAUGGAUUUGUAAUAUGGGUAGCUAUAUUUGGCUUCAUGAAACUCUUUUGCAAAAAGAUACUCCCAACACAACUGACUGAAGGAUUAUUUUUGAGACUGUAUGUUAACUUUAGCUGGUGUAUGAUGCUAUGGUCCAUUGUGGCAUUCGUGUCAUGCAGCAUAUUGUACCAUAUUGUGUGAACUUCAUGUUAAUUUGACUUUUUUGAUUUUCAGCUGCAUAUUGGCAAUGCAUUCACUUUUGUCAAAAUUUGGUUUAAAUUAUAAUAAAAAAUAUUUUGCCCAUUUUGCUCACAUAUUUCAUGGAUCUUUUUGUCGCUAUCUGAAAGCAUAAUUUGAACCCUUUUACUACUAUUUUUGUUUUUGGGUCAUUUUGGGCCUGUUACUAAAGUGUGUUCUACAGUCGGUGUGUAUAUAGCUUGUAAGGAUGGUAAUUUUGCCUACCAUAUUUGUACAUACUGACAUUUGGACAUUAAUGUCCUAUUUAUUUGAGAUUCUGUAUGGCAUGUUCAGAUAAUGAAUGGUUAAAGCCAUUGUAUUAUAUCAAAUUGUUUAAGCGAAUAAAGAGUGAGUUGACAAAUA